UCGAUGUCUUCCCUCUUCAACCACAACUAAUGCCUCCCCACAUAAAGAUCUAGCCCAUGUCUCUUCCACAGCCCUCAGCCAAUCAGGCCUAUUGCAAUGUCUCUGCCCUCGAGGGAGGACAGUUGUCAAUUGCCGAGGAGGCGAUUAAGCGACCUUUUACAUCUGGGGUCAUGCUAUCCAUGCCUUCCCUCUGCUUCCUCCUCCAGCACUCGACCCGCAAAGAAAAGUUUGUUUUCGACUUGGGCAUCCGUCGCGACGUCGAGAACUACCCUGAUGUCGUGGCGAAGCAAAUCCAAAGUGGCAUCACCCCAUGCGAGGUGCCCCAAGACGUCGUCGAGUCCCUGGCGAGAGGAGGGCUUGGGCCAGACGACAUCGACUACGUCGCCAUUUCCCAUUUGCACUUUGAUCACAUCGGCGACCCAAGCUUGUUCAAGAAGAGCACCUUCCUCUUGGGGGAAGAUAGCAGGAUCCUGAACAGCGCUCAGGCUGGUUUCCCAGUGAAUUCUCAAGCCGCCUUCGCAUCCGACGUCCCUCCUUCCUCCCAGACCAGAUUCCUGUCCCCCGAGGGAUGGAGUGCGGUGGGACCUUUCCCUCGCGCACUCGAUUUCUACGGCGACGGCAGCCUCUAUAUUAUCGACUCUCCCGGUCAUCUCCCAGGCCAUAUUAACGUCCUUGCUCGCACUUCCAGUGACGGAAGCUGGGUAUACCUGGCUGGAGACAGUUGCCAUCAUUGCUCCAUUCUCUCAGGGGAAGCCAAUAUUGCGGUGGGAGCACCAUGGAACCCUCGGUACUGCGUCCACGAGGAUUUGGCCCGAACGGAGAAACACCUUAAACAUAUCCAGAAGCUUAAGACUUUUCCUAAAGUCCAUGUCCUCCUCGCUCACGACACUCCCUGGUACCUGGAGAACAAAGAUGGGCCAGCGUUUUUCCCCGGUAAAUUAGAUCCCCGUAAAGAUUGAGUGCUGUGCUCCCGCAGUAGGUAUUACUAUGUAUCCCGAAAGAUGUAUGUAUACACUGUAUGUUGCAUUAGAAGUAUAAUCCCGAAAAGCGGAGCU